UUAGUUAGUUAGUUAUAGUUAGUUAAAACUAAAAGGACUUUAACUUUAAAAAAACAAAACAAAAUUAUCUGCUGAACAAUGUUGUCGAUGAAGAUGAUAAUAAUGAUAACAAUGAUGGCUGUCAUGAUGACCACCACCACCACUAACGGUAACGGUUUAGUAAUGGCUACUACUACUAUCGGUGGUCGAGGAUCAGGUGGUAGUGGUAGACAAAUCAACACUGUGAGCAGCUGGCUAUCAAUGAUGAAACUGAUGGCCAGUUUGGUUGCUGUUGUUUCCAUAAUAAUGCUAUCUGUUAUGAUACCGGCUGUCCGUAUGGAUGAAUGUCAUGAAUUAGGCGACAGCUGUAAUGGUAAUGAUGUCUGUACACACGAUGGCGAAGAAUAUGCUUGUAUUGAAUGAAGAUAAGGUGUUUUUUUGGUUGGUUGGUUGGUUGGGUUGGGUUGGGACUAAAAAAAAACUAACUAACUAACCCCAUAAACCUAACAAAAAUGUUUAGUUUAAUCUAGUUUUUUUAUUUUCAAAAAAAAAAAAUUAUAAUAAUUUUUUAAUUAGCUAAAAAAACAAACCAAAAAUUAU